CGGAUAUUGAAAAGUACUUGGAAACAUUUACUGAAUUUCAUGGCUCGACACAAUUUGGAAAGUUGAUGUCGGACUUUCUCUCAGUGUAGAGAAUACUUUUUUGGUUAUUUAGAGUUCUCCAGAGUAUCAAAGUGCUCAAAAUUUAUCCAACCUUUAAAUCGUACCUUUCUUAUGACUGAACGAAAAAGUCGUCGCCUCGCAGAAAAACAAGAGACACUAAUCUCAAAGUCAACUGAUCGCCAGCCACACGUAAGCAAGAGCCCAAGCCGAACGAGGAACACAGAGAGUAUCGAAAGGCGAGGAACAAGAGCUAGAAGGACUACUAGUAAAGUAGUGCUUUCGGAAACUGACGAUGAAACUGAUUUGGAAGACGAUUAUGAAUCAGAAGAGGAAAUUAAGAAACCUAAAAAACGUGCACGACAGAUAACAAAACAACCGUCUAAAAGGAAUGCACCUGUUAAGCAAAAGCCAGCGAUACCACCAGGCAGAACUAUUCAAAGAGUCAAUAGAUCGUCUACUGUAGAUCCUUUACGUCAAGUAAGCCACCACAAUAAAACAAACAAUCUUACUGCAUAUGCCCUGGCAAGAGAAAGACUGCAUGUCUCUGCUGUACCUGAAUCACUUCCUUGUCGUGAAGAAGAAUUCAUGACUAUUGCUGGUUAUAUCGAAGGCGCGAUUCAAGAUUCUACUGGAACAUGUGUUUAUAUAUCUGGUGUACCUGGAACAGGAAAAACAGCGACAGUGCAUGAAGUUAUUAGACACUUGCAGCAACAAGCAGCAGAAAAAAAGCUGCCUGGAUUUGACUUUGCAGAAAUUAACGGUAUGAAGCUUACAGAUCCUAAUCAAGCAUACAGUAUUUUGUGGGAAUGCAUGGACAGAGCAGCAGAUACGGAAAAGAAGAAGCGCUAUACUGCAGCACAUGCUUUGCAACUACUAGAAGCAAAAUUUUCAAAACCCAAUAAUAACCAGCGGAUAACUGUCGUUUUAAUGGAUGAAUUGGAUCUGUUGGUGACUAAGAAGCAGACAGUCAUGUAUAACUUCUUUGACUGGCCAAGUAGACCACAUUCUAAGUUGAUUGUUGUGGCAAUAGCAAACACCAUGGAUCUUCCUGAACGACUCAUGAGUAAUAAAAUAGCUAGUAGAAUGGGUCUUACUCGUAUCAAUUUUCAACCUUAUAGACAUGACCAACUCUAUCAAAUAGUGCAAUCAAGGUUGCAAGGUAUAGACGCAUUUACUAAAGAAGCCGUUGAAUUUGCAGCACGUAAAGUAAGUGCAGUUAGUGGUGACGCACGACGUGCAUUAGAUAUAUGUAGACGAGCAGUAGAAAUUGUUGAACAAAAGUCAACUAUGAAUAAUAAUACAUCUAAAGAACUCCAAGUUACGAUUGCCAUUAUCGAUCAAGCUAUCAAAGAAAUGUUUACUUCUCCUGCAGUUGCCUUUAUUCGCUCUUGCUCACUUCAUCAAAAGAUCUUUCUUGUGGCAUGUAUGCAGCGCGUUCGUGUGUCAGGGUUGGCAGAAAUUGAAUUUGGGGAUGUAGCGCAAUAUCAUACGCAAACCUGUAAAUGGCAUAAUAUAGAACCUAUCAACACCAGUGACCUAAUGCGUGUUUGUGAAUCACUUGGUCAGUGUCGAGCUAUUAUAAUGGAUAGUGGUAGACAUGAUAUCUGUAUGCGUAUUUCACUCAACCUUAUGGAAGAAGACAUUAUUAUGGCGUGUAAAGCAGAUAAACUCAUUAGUAAAUUGUUAGACAACCUCCCAAAAGCACAUAUGUAAAUAGUUGCAAUUCUUUAUCU